GGACAAAUAACAUACUCGCAGCAGAACACCAGUUGUCGGGCUGCAGAAGCUGCAUGUAGUUUUAGUUGUCGUAGUCUUAAAGAAAGCUAACGUCCAUCUCAGCUGUUUGAAAAAAAAGAAAUUUCGCACUUGAACAAGGAAAUCGGGAAUACAAAGUUCGUCCAUCAGCAGAUGGAGGAUGUCUGUUGCUGUUCUGCGUUUGAUCCGAUGUCGCAGAAUGAGUACAUCUGGUGUGAAGAAAGUGCUUCAGUGGAAAGAUUUGAGGAAGAUUGCCAAAGUUACUGGUGUUGUGGUCUUGGGAGGCUGUCUGUUUAUUACUUAUGAAGUGAUAACCUUGGGCAAGGCUGUGACCAUUGACACUAGUGCAAUUCUUCAAGAAAAGUACAAGUCUUGCAUCUAUCUAAAAGCCACACCCUCUGAUGAAAAGGAGAAUCUUGCUGCAGGGCUUACACACAAAGCAAGAAAGGAGCUUCAUAAAGCUGCGAGGCGGUUUCUGGGAAUAUCGCCUGGGGUUUUGCUGAAAUCAUUAGACGAGCACUUCAGUCACGUGGAUGCCGACCCACAAGAGGUGGCAUUAUGGGUCCUACUAAAAAGGACACAGGCGUCCAAAAAGGAGACCAGGCUACAGGCUGUACAGGAACUUGCAGACAAUCGCCACUGGCGUGACUACCAGUACCAGACAGCAGCCCAAGUUAUAGAUCCCGGAACAGCAGUGGGUCUUGCCCGGACUCCUGGAGUAGAUCAGCGAUUCUUCUUGUCCCUGCCUACGUUGCCUAAUGUGGAGGAUGGUUUCACAGCAGAAGAUGGGCUGAGGCAACUGCUGGCAUCUCUGCCUCAGUCUGAAGUGGACAAAUGUGUUCAGUACUUCACCUCACUGGCACUCAGAGAGAGCAGUCAGUCUCUGGCAGCACAGAGGGGUGGACUGUGGUGUUUUGGCGGUAAUGGGUUGCCCUAUGCCCAGAGUCUCACCACGGUUCCCUCUGAGAAUGUGGAGUCCUUCUGCCUGCAGGCACUCGUACAGCACUCAAAGGUCCAGAGCCACUGUGAACACAUUGUUGCCAGCGGGGGCCUGCAACUCCUCCAGAGGGUUUAUCAGCUUCGUAGGGACUCGUUAAAAAUUCAGAGGAAUAUUAUUCGUAUUAUAGGAAACUUGGCGCUCAAUGAGAGCAUCCACAAGGCCAUAGUAGAGUCUGGAUGGCUGUCUGUGUUGGCUGAGAUCAUGCGGUCCCCUCAUAUCAUGCAGGCAUCUCAUGCGGCUCGCGCUCUGGCCAACCUGGACAGGGAAACGGUGAAGGAGAAAUACUCAGAUGGAGUUUAUAUCCUUCAUCCACAAACACGUGACAACCAGCCAAUCAAAGCAGACGUGCUGUUCAUCCAUGGGAUCUUGGGCGCGGCCUUCAAAACAUGGAGGCAAAAGGACCGCAGUAUGUUCCACGAAGUCAAAGAGGCUGGAAACAGGGAUGGCUACACCGAGUGCUGGCCAAAAUCAUGGUUAGCAGCUGACUGCCCAAAUUUGAGAGUACUGUCAGUAGAGUAUGACACUCACCUGAGUGACUGGAUGGCCAAAUGUCCAGCAGAGAAUCACAGGAAGUCCUUGGCCUACAGGAGUCAAGAGAUCCUGAAGAAGUUAAAGUUAGCAGGCGUUGGAGAGAGACCUGUAGUCUGGGUAGCACACAGUAUGGGAGGAUUACUGGUGAAGAAAAUGCUGCUGGAUUCAGCACAGGACCCAGACAUGCACAGACUGUUGAAGAACACCAAAGGUGUUCUGUUCUACAGUGUUCCUCACCAUGGCACCUCUAUGGCAGAGUACUCCGUCAAUGUCCGAUACCUCCUCUUCCCUUCCAUAGAAGUCAGGGAACUUUGCAAAGACUCCCCAGCACUACGCAGUCUGAACGAAAACUUUUUGAACAUCGCCAAAGAAAACGAAUUCAAAGUACUGAGCUUUGCAGAGACUGUCCCAACAAAUAUUGGUCCUAUGAUCAAGAUACUGGUGGUGCCAAUGCAGUCAGCGAAUCUUGGCAUUGGGGAGCUUAUUGAGGUGGACGUAGAUCAUCUCAACAUCUGCAAGCCAGAGAAGAAAGACACGUUCCUGUACAAGCGCAGCCUCCAGUUCAUACAGGAAACCCUGCAAAGCAUCGUCGGCCACUGAAAAGGAAAAAAAUAGGAACAUAAACAAUAUGUUCAUUAGAAGGGGAAAGAGCACUGUCAGUCAAAUGAAAACUUUGCUGCCCUACGUGAUUGCACAUUUGAAGAAAACAGCCACUAAGGUGAUCUUAGUGAGCUUGGGCAAUUUCAGUUUAUUUUGCAGUGGCAUUUGUGAAAAUUUGCCAUAUAUUGGAAGAAACUAUUUUAUUUGGUUCUCCUACUCAUUCUUCUGUAUUGGGUUUAAACUGGUCUUGUUAAUUUUUGAUUUACAGUA